CGGAGCGUCACAUUUUUUGCUUGUGGUUUUUAAAGAGCCAGCCGCGAGGCAGCAGGGAGGGGCCCCUCCUCUGAUGAAGCACAGCAACAGCAUCAGCAGCAUCAGCAGCAGCACAUUGGGUACAGCUACAGUACAGCUCUGCGCUAAACGACACAGUGAGUCAGCUGAGCUGCCGGGAUCCCUGUACGCCGGGUCCGCUUCGAUGAGUGUCAGAGAACGAGGAAUCCCUGUAUGAUCUGAGGACAGAAAGGCCAAGAUGCAACUGUGGAGAGUCUGACAUGGAAGUGGUGAGGUAUCGGAGCAAGCUUGUUGACGCAUAAUCUCGCCCGCCCCGCUGGCACAGGGAGGGGGGAAAUCUAGCCUGCCUAAACUGAAAUCCUCCAGAAGAGAUUUACGGAGCUGCUGCUGCGGGUUCAACCUUCAAGAACACGCAACAUUUCUCUCAUUUGUUUUUGUGACCACAUGUAAAGAUUCUUUGGUGAUCUUGAAUAAAUUUGAACCUUAUGGGAUAUGGGAUCGGUAACUUGGAGCAAAUGACCCAAAUGCGUUUUAAUAAUUAGGCGCUAAAAUCCGCUGCUGGAAUUGAUACUGUUACGGCGUCGCGGACUGUGGGGUUGAGGCGUGGACAGGACCUGCCCGUACAUUUUCGUCAUCACAGGUGUUUGAUCCUGAUUUUCUUGAUUACGCCGGAGAUCUGGAGCUAUGACAGGCCCCCCGCUGGUCCCACAGCCCGCCUGCUGACGGUACCGGGGCAGGAUGGGCGCAGGUCUGCCGCUUUUAGGAUCUCGAACCAGUCGAUUCAUCAAUGGAGGAGGAGAGUGACACCCGGAAAAUCAACAACAGCUUCCUUCGCGACCACAACUAUGCAACCGAAGCUGACAUUAUCUCAACGGUGGAGUUUAACUCAUCGGGGGAGCUGCUGGCCACCGGGGAUAAAGGAGGAAGAGUGGUCGUCUUCCAGAGGGAGCAGGAGAGUAAGACACAGCCCCAACGUCGAGGGGAAUACAAUGUUUACAGCACAUUCCAGAGCCACGAACCCGAGUUUGACUACCUGAAGAGUUUGGAGAUUGAGGAGAAGAUCAACAAGAUCAAAUGGCUGCCACAGCAGAACGCAGCGUACUUUCUGCUUUCCACAAACGACAAGACUGUGAAGCUGUGGAAGAUCAGUGAAAGGGACAAGCGUCCGGAAGGAUACAACCUGAAGGAUGAGGAUGGACGGAUCCGAGAUCCGUCAACUAUCACCUCGCUGCGGGUGCCUGUGCUGCAGCCGAUGGAUUUGAUGGUCGAGGCCACAGCCAGGCGUGUAUUCAGCAACGCCCACACAUACCACAUUAACUCCAUCUCCGUCAACUCCGACCUCCAGACCUUCAUCUCUACUGACGACCUCCGGGUGAACCUGUGGAACCUGGAAAUCACUGACCGCAGCUUCAACAUUGUGGACAUCAAACCUGCCAACAUGGAGGAGCUGACGGAGGUAAUCACCUCAGCGGAGUUUCAUCCCCAGCAGUGUCACACCUUCGCCUACAGCAGCAGCAAGGGCUCAAUACGACUCUGUGACAUGAGACAGGCUGCACUCUGCGACAGGCAUUGCAAAUACUUUGAGGAGCCCGAGGAUCCAUCCACUCGCUCCUUUUUCUCUGAAAUCAUCUCAUCCAUCUCUGACGUGAAGUUCAGCCACAACGGACGUUACCUGAUGACAAGGGACUACCUCACUGUCAAAGUGUGGGACCUCCAAAUGGAGAACAAACCACUCGAGACCUAUCAGGUUCACGACUAUUUACGGGGCAAACUUUGUUCUUUGUAUGAGAACGACUGCAUAUUUGACAAGUUUGAGUGCGUUUGGAACGGAUCGGACAGCGUCAUAAUGACAGGCUCGUACAACAACUUCUUCCGAAUGUUUGAUCGGAAUACCAAACGUGAUGUCACGCUGGAAGCAUCCAGAGAGAACAGCAAACCCAGAGCUAUUCUGAAGCCUCGCAAGGUGUGCGUAGGUGGGAAACGUCGGAAGGAUGAGAUCAGCGUAGACAGCCUUGACUUCAGCAAGAAGAUCCUUCACACGACGUGGCACCCGCAUGAGAACAUCAUCGCUGUAGCGGCCACUAAUAACCUCUACAUCUUCCAAGACAAGGUGAACUAAAAAGGCAGUCUGGCCCUGCUGACCCCCCCUCCCCACUCCUCCCUCACCCGGCCCUGCACAAACGUGUUGGGCUGCUGUCUUUAAUUCCCUCACUCUGCUAUAGAAGUGCAGAGCUGAGUAUUCAGUGACUAGAGCGGGGAAGUGGACAGUAUGAGUUUUUGGAAAGCACGAAAUGGAUACAUCAUGAGGAAAAGGUUUAAUUCCACAGUUUGACUCUAAUUUAAUUUAUUUAGCCAUGCGGACACCUGAAGUAUUGAAUCCCUUGCAUUUAUGCAACAAGCGGAUUGCUGCAUGAAUAAUAUGAUGUAGCAGCCCUCUGGACCCUGCAGAAAAGGGCGGAUAUGGGAUCACUGAAUACAAAAAAAAAAAAAAAAAAAAAAAAAUAGAGCACACAGACAGAAACCAGGCUUACAUGAUGAUGGCUCAUUGUCAUGUAGCAACAGUGCCCCCUGUUCUUCAAUCUGCUCAUGCUACAACGCAUGUGCUGAACCCUGCAGCCUCUGAUUGAGGUGAAGACUUGGAUGGUGCAGCCUGCUGCAGAGGAACAAGAAAAGACUGUUAAUGUCUGACCCAAGAAACUGACACAGCACUGUCAGUCUUACUAGUACCAGUUUUGUGUCUCCUUGUCGAGACUGCUGUAGUCUGUAAUGUGAAUGAAGCCCUUCCAGGCUGUGUCAACUGUUUUAUUCAACACUGUUGUUUUGUUGAGUCUUUCUGUUGGUCAAUGAGUCUGUUUAGAAGCUGUGGUGCCUUCUUUUGGUAUGUGGGGGUUUGAUGUAGUGGGAGCGGGAGGGGGAAGGGAAAUGUGUGAAUGUUUCAAAAGAAAUGUUAACUUAGAAUUUUAUUUGUUCUUUUGUUUUUUCCCCCCUUUCUUUCUUUACAAACAAAAGGGAUCAAAAACAACAAAAACAGCUCCAUGCAGGUCCCUAGAAGAAAAGUGCUUGAAGUAAAACUAGAUAAGAUUACAUUAUAGCACCUGGUUACACGCUUGUAAGCUCAGGAGAGGAUGCUGUGAUUUGUAUAAAGUCCGAUGUCGUCAGUUUGCAAGAGACAUGACAAAGUCCCUUUUUAUUUCUUUGCAAUAUUGUUGGAAAAAAUGUGGAACUCCUUGUUGCAUUUUUACCUUAUUUGGGUGGUGCUGAAAAUGAUCUGUAAAUGGUGGAUCUGUACAUGUAUUAUUUCAAACAAUUCCACUUGAGAUUUUCUCGGAAUGACAGUUUUAGAAUAGCUCCUUUUGCAUGUUGGAUCUGAUUCUGAUGAAAGUGACCGCCUGCAUAUAGUUAUUUGAACAUUGACAGAUCAUUUGAAGCACCAUGCAAGCAGUGGCUUCCUUCGGGAAAAGCCACUUCCGAAAUGUUUCACUUCAGUUUGCUGCAAUGCUUCUGCAUGUUUCUCCACAUGCUAAAGAUGGGUUAAACAUGCUGGGAUCGGCUUGGAUUGGUUUGGAGAGCGUCUCACACUUGGUUCGAGAGCUGACUUCCAUGAAGCGAAGCAGUCAAAGGUCUAACUGUACUCUGUGAAAUCAGGGAAUAAUUAAAUGUGAUUUCCUUUAACAGUAAUACCUUUUAAACAACCUUCUUUGUGACCCUUCUAAUUAAAACAAAACAACUUUUAUAGCUCAGAAUGUAUUGAAAUGCAAUGAAAUACCAUGCAGUCUUUAUGCUUACUGGACUCUCUUUGAAUAAAAAAGAAUAAAGAUGUGCAAGCUCAAA